CUCUCACUCUCCAAUAAAAUGACCUCCCUGUUCUCUUUCUUCUCUCAUUAGUCUUUUGGCUCUCUGUUUCUAUCUCCAUAGCUGUAGAGAUAUUCCUCCACACGCUGCUUCAUCUUCUUCAUCUUCACUCUUCUCUUCUCGUCUCUUUACAUAUCAGACAAUAAACAGAGAGACUCCAUAUAUUUCAGCCAAGCCUUGAAGAAAAAAAAUACAUAAUAUACACACCAAUUAACACAAAAAUGGUGGUCUCUCAUCUUCCCACUUGCUUUCUCCUGAUUUUGUCUCUUUCUGCUGUUUUUGUUUCUGGGUCUCGAAGAACUUUACCUAUUAUACCAUUUGAUGAAGGAUAUACCCAGCUUUUUGGGGAUAAUAAUCUGGUUAUUCACAAAGAUGGCAACAAAGUCCAUUUAUCGCUAGAUGAAAGAACAGGGUCUGGAUUCGUUUCUCAAGAUUUAUACUUACAUGGCUAUUUCAGUGCUUCUAUCAAGUUGCCGGCGGAUUAUACUGCUGGAGUUGUGGUUGCUUUUUAUAUGUCAAAUGGUGAUACUUAUGUGAAGAACCAUGAUGAGAUUGACUUUGAGUUCUUGGGCAACAUAAGGGGCAAAGACUGGAGGAUACAGACAAAUAUUUAUGGCAAUGGAAGCACCAGCAUUGGCAGAGAAGAAAGAUACAGUCUCUGGUUUGAUCCUGCUGAGGAUUUCCAUCAAUACAGCAUUCUCUGGACUGAUUCCCAGAUCAUAUUUUAUGUGGACAAUGUCCCCAUCAGGGAGGUGAAAAGAACAGUAUCUAUGGGGGGUGAUUUCCCUUCCAAGCCCAUGUCUUUGUAUGCCACUAUAUGGGAUGGAUCUGACUGGGCUACCAAUGGAGGCAAAUAUAGAGUAAAUUAUAAAUAUGCACCUUAUGUCACAGAAUUCCGCGACUUUGUGCUACAUGGAUGUGCUGUUGAUCCAGUCGAACAGAUAUCGAGAUGCGAUAUUGCAGAGAGUUCACAAGCAAUCCCCACUGGUGUCUCCACCUCGCAAAGAAUUAAAAUGAACAGUUUUAGGACAAAGUACAUGACAUAUUCCUAUUGCUAUGAUCAAGCUCGAUACAAGGUUCCUCCAUCCGAGUGUGUGAUCAAUCCCCAAGAAGCUGCACGGCUCAAAUCAUUCGAUCCUGUUACAUUUGGUGGAAGCCGGCGUCACCGUGGGAAACACCAUCGCCGGAGCAGAUCAAGCCAAUCCGAGGCCUCCAUUUAAGCAAAGGUUCCAACUCUUGCAUCCUUGCAUAAUGUUGGGAAUCAUUAUUAUGUUGGUAUAAAUUAUGCUUUGGUUUAAGCUGGGAAUCACUUUAUUUUUUGUGAAUAGAGAGAAAGAUGAUAGAUUUUAUUGAGGGGAUGGUAGGGAGAUUCAUUAUAUGGUUGAUGAUGGGGUUGCUAUGUAUGUGUAUAGUUUCAUACGUUUCGUUUUCCAGUUGUUUUAUUUCUUGUCAUUGAUGCUGCUGUCUCUUUGGCUUUACAAAUUGAAUUUGGUGAUGAUUUUAUGAACUCUUGAGACACCCUUGUGGUUUCAAUAAAUAAAUGUUAGCA